UUAAAUUGUCGGACGGACAGAAACAACAAGAAGGUGAGUUAAGCAGACCACAAGUCCCAUCCUGUUGUACCUCUAAAGGAGGAAUAUGAAGUGAAGAUGGCACACCUGGGGAAAAUAGAGGCUGAAGUUCAGCAGAUGAUUCAGGAGAGAAAGAAUCAUAUUCUGGAGAUUAAAGACACAGUCAAACGCAGCAAAGCAGAUGCAGACAGAGAGAUGGCUGAUGGUGUGCAGGUCCUCACUGCUCUGAUAUGCUGCAUUGAAAAGUACCAGGAUGAUCUCAACCAAAUGGUUAAAGAGAGACUGAAAUCCACAGAGAAACAAGCUGAAGACCUCAUCAAAGAGCUGGAGCAGGAAAUAGAAGAUCUGACCAAUAGAAGCUCAGAGGUGAAGCAGCUCUCACACACUAAAGACCACCUCCACUUCCUCCAGGCCUUCAAAUCCCUGAAGAAUCCUCCACCCACCAGGGACUGGACGACGGUGGAGGUCCGUCCUCCGUCAUACGUAGGGACCUUGAGGAGAUCCCUGGAUCAGCUGGAGGAGACACUGAACAUGGAGAUGAAGAAGCUGGGUGAUGCUGAACUGAAGAGGGUUCAGCAGUAUGAAGUAGAUGUCACUCUGGAUCCUGAUACAGCUAGUUCCAGUCUCAUCCUGUCUGAGGAUGGGAAACAAGUACAUCAUGGAGGUGUAAGGAAGAAACUCCCAGACAACCCUAAGAGAUUUACAAAGUAUAUUAAUGUCCUCACGAGGCAGAGCUUCUCCUCGGGGAGAUUUUACUUUGAGGUCCAGGUUAAAGACAAGACUGCAUGGUAUAUAGGAGUGGCCAGAGAGUCCAUCGUCCGAAACGGUGAGACCGUAAUAACCCCUGAGAAUGGUUACUGGACUCUUUACUACGAUGAGGAUGGGUUGUUAUUUAGUGAUAACCCUGAUGUCUGUCUCCCUCUGAGAGCUGAGAUCCAGAAGGUGGGGGUGUUUGUUGAUUAUGAUGAGGGUCUGGUCUCCUUCUAUGAUGUGGAAGCCAGGGUUCAUAUCUACUCUGCUACCGGCUUCACCUUUACUGAGCCUCUUUAUCCAUUCCUCUCUCCAUGUUUACAUGAAGAAGGUACAAACUCUGCCCCCCUGAUCCUCUCACCUGUCAAUCAAACAGACUAGGACCUUUGUUUGAUAGCAAAAUAAUCAAACAACCAAAACAACUUACAGGGCCAAUUGCUCUGUCAGUUAGCAUUGCUGCGCUUUAAAACCAUACUCCUUAAAACUGAGGUUUUGGAGUUUAACACGCAGCUGCGUACGAGGUUGAACGUGAUUGCUGUGUAACGACUCGUACAGGAUCAGUUGAUUCCCAGCUGACUCGGUUUAAACUGCUUGGAAACCGGAAGUACUCUGAUUUCUAGUAUACCCCAGCAGAUGCAGUCUUAACUUAAUGGUGGAUGCAUUUUGUUCUAUAAUUACCAACAAAAACAUAAUGGGAAUAUAAAGUGAACUUUAAUAUAAUAAAACUAUAAUAAAUAAAAAAGCUAAUAAUGUUGAAACAUAUUAUGAAAUAGCCUAGGCUACUUUUUGUGGAAAUCUGAGUCUGGAAUCUGCCCUCACCUACGUCAAUCAAUUACUUGUCAUUGCUAACCCUUUUAGUUCAGCAUUGACGUCUUUAUGUUUCAUUGAAUGGUAUCCUCUGUGCGUUCUUUUUUUUUUUUUUACACACAAAUAAUCUGUUCUUUGUAGAGUUUUAGCUGGGCACUUUAAGCAACUCCUAUAUUAUAGCCUGUAUUAUACUGAAGGCCUAUCUGGUGCAAUAUGAGUAAAUGUAUCAUACCUAUUAAUAAUAAUUCAUAAAACUAAUUCUGUGUGUGUGUUUUCUGGUUUAGUCCCCUCUUACACCACGUUAGUUCCGAGAUUAGACUAACACGCACAAAAUACGCCCUCUAGUGUCUGAUAUGAAUUUCUCUGAAGACACAGCAAUUGAGAUCAAGGUAAAACGCCGCUGCAGGUUAAACCACAAUUACAUAUGACACUGCAAUGGAGCU